GAGGCUGCGCCUGAAGAGACUUCCAGGUCACACAGAUCCCGCUCGAGGCAGCGCCAUGGAGGAUGGGGUGGUUGGCGGAGAAGAUAUGGUUCGCGCACAUGGCAACCACCUGCAAGGCGAGCACGUCCAACACACUUUGUUGCCAUCCAGCUCAAAUCUCGAGAGAUUCAGCGCUGUGUGGAACAGUUGCAGCAAUGGUUCGUUGCUCAAAACAAGCUGUUUGAGCGGUGUUUGGUGCCAAUAAAGCGCAUUCAUACGGCGCUAUUGCUUACUUCGUUCGAGGACAGCAGGGUGAACGAAGCGAGGCAAGCUUAUGCAGAGGCAGCCAGAAGCAUCCGCGAAUUUCUAGGUGGAGAAGCCAUACGCUUGAAAGUCGAGGGAGUUGGCUGCUUUGGUGGAAGGGUGGUUUUUGCCCGAGUUCGCACUGAGCCACCAGAGGUUCUGGAGGCGAUGCACCAGCUGCUUUCGAGGACCUUUAUGCGCCACGGGUUUCCAUGUCUGGAUGAUACCGGCCAAGCUUGGCUGAAACCUGGAGAGGAACCACGCCAGUUUCGUGGUCACUCCUCUUUCCUGAAGGUGACAAAGGCAAUGGCAAACUCUCGUACGGAAGAAGAGCGAAACUCUUACCGAGCCUUACAUGUGUCGGAUGAGGACUUGGCUCCUUUUCGAUCCACUUGUCUCGGUUCCCAACUCUGUGCAGACUUUGAACUACUUUCGAUGCUUGGAUGUGCACAUGAUGGAUACUAUCCGCGCAUAAGAGUGGAGCAGCUGCCGCCAGGUGAUGCAAAGCCUUGCACAUUGCAUUACCAGGCCAUGAACGAGCAACAAGCUUUGGAAGCUGCCUGGUCCAGCGCACCAUCUGCAGAUCCUGAGGAGAAAAGUUCAAAUGCUGAAGCUGGAGACAGCCGCUCUGAUACUUCAGAUGGGAAAGCACUGUCCCAGUCCACCCAGGAUACUGUGGCAAAUGUCAAGCAUUUCUCAUCAAGGUCCAACAGUGUUGUUGCUGAAGUUUGGCAGGUAGUUGCGCAAGUCCAGGUGCUGACACUAGCAGAUGCACUUUGCCUGGCAGCAGUUGCCAAGGAUGGCCUCGCCGUGGUCCAGAAUGUGGUGUGCCAGGUCAAAGUUAUGCUAUUCUCGGAAACCACUCGCUCAUCUUUGUGCUUUGAAGGAAGCUGCUUGGACUGGGAUAAAGUGCGCAAUGUGCCUGGCGGGUGUCCAUUGCAAGUGAGAUGGAUCGAGGAGUUUCUGUCCCAGCCAGCAGGGGAACAACUCUCUGCAGAGAUUGGAUUUGUGGAAAACCUCCAGCAGCUCAUCUUUGGGAAAAACCUGGAAGGUCUCCAAACCGCACUGCGAGAGGCUUUGCCAGCUGCAUUUGGCAAAUUGGAAAUUCACGUGGAAGCCGUUCGCAACAUCAGCAUUCCAAUCAAGCCUGUGCUGGAUACAAUUUGUGCCGCACAGCCCGGCAUAGUCGGGAUAGAGGGUCUAGCUGUUGGUGACCUCCCAACCUGGGUGCAGUGUGUUCAGCAGCUCAAACGGGCGCGUGUACUUGUGCAUGCCUGGACAAACAGAGAUGUGGACAAUCCUGCCCACUUUCACCAGCUUUUGCAAUCGCUACCGACGCAAGUGCGAGGAUUGGACUUCCAAAACCUUGCUUGUACAUUCCACGAAUUCCCAGCGGCAAUGCUGCCCUCCGCAUGUAUUGCCUUUGGAACCAUUGUGCUGCAAAAGGACAUGAAAGGCCUCAGUGCGCGUGGCAGCAUGGAUUUUGCAGACUUUGUUGGACUUUUCCCUCGCUUUCCUUCCCAUGUUAGAAUUGUCCGGGCCUCCCUGGGUACCAAAGGGCACUGGAAUUUCUCAGCACAGGCUAUGGCUGAUGUCUUCAGGGCAAAGUUUCCUGGUCUUCAAGUUCUUCAGCUUGAGCUGUCGUUGCGACAUUCAGCAGACACCAAUGACGUUCCCUUCAUUGAUCUGGCGCGAGCACUAAUCGAAGCAGGAGUUCGCGUGGAGGUCACCAAGAUCCGAUGUCGAGCUGCCCAAUAUGAAUUCUUGCGAGCAGCAAUGAAAUACGGCGGUGCAUUGGUGAAUGAAGAGGAGGACGAGGGCGACGAAAUUGUUUACCCUUUCUCGCAUCCAAGGUUUGACUGGACAAAAGUCAGUGUGAGUGGUGAUGAAAUUGGCGAAGGUGAUAUGUAA